UGCACAUGUUGCAAAUCACCGGGUUUUUAGGGUCAUCGACUAUUUCGACAGAAUAAAUAAUCUCAGCAUAGUAUCUGUAUUUAGAAAUAAUUGCCAAAUAAGUGCUUUCAUCCUAAAACAACAACUCUUCAUACUUCUGAAAUAAGCACUUUGCAGCUGUAAAACUAUGGCGAAUACAGAUGAUAAUAAACUCAUGCUUCGGCGUUUGAAUACUGAUGUUCAUAGCCCUUGUUAUCUUCUGCGUAUUCGUGAUGUUAAUCUGCUGCUAGAUUGUUGUAUGGAUUUGUCAAAUUUGUCAUACUUCCUGCCAAAGUAUCAACUUAUGAGUCCAGGUUGUUCCGACCUACCAGCUAUGUGGAGUGGCAAUGGAGAAGGCGGAAUGUUUACCAAAAUAGGCGAUAUGAACUAUAUUAGUACGGAUUUCAAAUUCUGCAUGUUAAAGUUAUCAGAGAUGUCUUCCAUAUUUUGGGAAACCAUUGACGUAAUUCUAGUUUCGAAUACACGAAGUAUCCUUGGUUUACCGUUUCUAUUUGAAAAUACGAAUUUUCGUGGGAAAGUUUUUGCAACUGAACCAGUUGUGAAAUUUGGAAAAAUAUUAAUAGAUGAUUUAUUAUGUGAACUUGAUCAGUUAUCCGAAUCUGAAGUCAACUCUGACCUCUCCAAGGUUAAAGUGGAUAAACUAAAUAAUCCAAUAGGCUAUUUACUUAACUCUGAUGAGUUUAAUUGGACAAAAUUCUACACUCGUGAAUCAGUUAUAAAAGCUUUGGAUAAUAUUCAUCUGGUCGCUUAUCAUGAACCUGUGGAUUUGUUUGGUCUAUUAACCAUCAAAGGCUUAAGUGCUGGAUAUGGAAUUGGCAGUUGUAAUUGGAUUAUUACAUCGAGCACGGAGAAAGUGGCUUAUAUCUCACACACAUCGUUGUUAUAUUCUCACGUCCUACCUUUCGAUGAUAGUACAUUUGAAGAUACUGAUGUCUUAAUCAUUGGCACUGUCAAUAUGUAUGCAAGUGAUCAAUUGGAAAAGACUGUGGAAGAAUUUUGUCAUAUCGUUGUGCAAACUUUAGCUCAUGGAGGUAAUGUCUUAGUGCCGUCAAAUCCAUCCGGUAUUAUCUUCGACUUGCUUGAAACAGCUAUUCAGGCCAAAGAUAAUUUUAAUGGUACAAUUCUACCAUUGUUCAUGCAUAAUCGUCCUUCAUCUGGAAAUAGUGCUGACCAUACCAAUACUACUGUCAGUAGCAGUACUACUACUACUACAUCUGUAGGAACUAUGAAUAGUCAUUCACUACAAAGAAUUUCUUCCGAUUCAACUACAUCGAUAGAAAUAGAUUUAACAUGCAAUCGUAGUUCAUCAAUACCGAUAACAACAACGACAACAAUAACACAGACAACAGUCAGCUCAUCAUCAUCAUCAGGUCUAGUAGCACGUUCUCCAAUAUUUUUCAUAUCUAAUCAAGUUCAUGUUAGUUUAGCAUAUUCUAAUGCUUAUGGUGAAUGGUUAAAUUCAGUGAAAGAAUCCGUUCUAUAUAAUGCUGAUGCACCAUUUAUUUUUCAAUCUCUACUACAAUGUGGUAAAUUAGUCGCUUUAAAAAGUUUAUACGAUUGUUCAUCCAGCAGGAAAUUGUUAUCGGAUUCAUCUACCGUCAAUAGAUAUUCAAGUCAUAUUUUAACAUCACCACUUUUGUUGGGUACCGGCAAUUCAACUUCCUCUUCAGGCGGGUAUUUUGAAGCGACUAGUGGUACAAACGCGUCUAAUCCAAUAUCUACUAGUUCGGACAACUUGGAUUCUGCUAUUUUUGUUUUAAAUAGUUCUUCAACUCCAAAUACUAGUAAUAAUAAUCCCAAUAUCAGCGGUGGUAUUUGGCCUAAUUCACCAUGUCUAAUAUUUGCCAGUCAUCCAAGUCUUCGAUUAGGACCAUCUGUACAUCUGACCCGUGUUUUAGCUUAUGGUGGUUUACGUUCAGGCGGUAGUAGUGGUCGUACAAGCAGUCCUUCACAUAAUUCAAUCAUUUUAAUAGAAUCCGGUGAUUAUGUACCCUCAUUUGAGUGGAAUUCAAAAUGCUUAUGUAAUCCUGAAGUACAUCUUCGGCGAAUAAUUUCACCAUUUCUUCAAUCUGACAAAAUACCCACUAAUCACAUUUCAUUCUCUCAGUCAAAUACGCCAUCCUUAUCUCUUAGUGAUACAGCGACUGUGUACUGGUUGCCCAUGGAAGCUCGUAUAGGUGCUCAACAAAUAGAUCAACUGGUAAAACGUUGUGGUGAACCACGACUAGCACUAAUACUUCCACAAGAAGUUUAUGAUAAGCCAUUCGAUUGGUCAAGUAUCACUACGAAACCGGAACAAUUUCUAACAAAACUGUAUGGUAUAUCAUAUCAUCAACAAUUAUGUAUUCAAUUACCCGAAACACGUUUAGAACAAAUUCAUUUAUCCACAAAAUUAAUUCGUCAUAUUAAACCUAUUUAUAUUAAAUUAAAACAAUCUAAUGAUGGCAUAGAAUUAACUGAUCCAUCAAAAGAGAAAAAUAAUAAAGAGAAUAACAAUGAAAAAAAAAAAGAAUUGAAAUCAUUACAAACGAAUCAAUUGAAUGAUAAUAAUAAUGAAGUAAUUGAAAAGAAACGAAAAUGUAUUGCAUUAGUCAAUGGAAUGUUAGCUACUAGAGAUGGUAAACACUGGUUGAUUGGUAAACAUGAGAAGCUAGAACCAGAUAUAAUUCAACCUGUUGAAGAUGCCAUUAUGCGACCUAUGACUCCUCCAACUACAACGAACACUUCCACACUCGCCACAACAACAGCAAGCUCGUUAAACAACGCUAGUGAUCAAUCUAAAGAUUCCAUAUUAAAAUCCAAUAUGUUAGGUUCUGAAAAUCGUAUAUUAGUUAGUUGUUGCGAUGAGUCAAGCAGAAUAAACCCACAUGAGUUGAUACGAAAGUUAACAGAACGUGGUGUUACUGGUGCUUAUCUUGCUGAUCCAAGCACUGCACGUCAAGUGUAUUCGCGAUUUUCUGUAUAUAAUACCAAUAAACAAUCAGGUUCCAUACAAAACGAAGAUGUAAUUUUAUUUCCAAAUCCAAAUACAUUGAUUUGUUUGCAUGAUCAUGGUAGUCAUAUUAUCUGUAUGGAUGAAAGUACACGUACUGCAAUCAGAGAUACAAUAUUAUUAUUUGUACAUCAUUUGGAUAUUAAUUCAGUUGUUUAA